GCCAGAGAUCGCAUGGUGCCUUUUUUAUACCCGCAGCUUCAACGGCUUCUUAUCGCCUUUACCACUGACGUUGCCUACCUCUCUAGCUUCAUGCGGCGACCGCGGCAUUGGCCGGGUUUACCCUGAAGCCGGAAACAAUUAACGGCUCACUCAAGAGGUUGGUUCGGCUUAUGUGACGAAGACAUUUUCUCCCUGGCCAAUGACUCUUGAAGUCUCUCUGGUCCUGUCUGCAGCUUGAUGGCCAUUGUAAUGGUUGUUGAUUGCAGUUCACUAAGAAACAUCCUUCAACUAUUGCGGUUUAUAUUUACUUUUUUUUUAUAUUGGAAGGUGCCGACCUGGCGGUUUGUGCGGCUCGGUAAAAAGUUGGUUAUUUUCUUGUUCAUUUAUUUUUAUUCAUGCUUAAAUUUGUAUCUAGAAACUAAGCACAGGACGCGGGCAUGAUGAUUGCAACGUCAAAAUCAUUACAGAUCUCUAGCGACUAUGUAGUUGUCCAUCUCCGUCCUUCAAG